CCUGAUCCGAGACUCUGCUUCCUGGGCUUGCUGCAGCUCUCUGAUCCUGGAAUCCUCUUCAGUUCCAGCUAGAUGCUGUGUCAGGCACUUCGUAGAUUUGGUAAAAAACUGGUACGCGGACCUACGCUGAAGGAACCGGUGGCUGAGAAUGACCCACGGAGAAGACUGAGCACUCUGGAUUUAGUGGCCCUGGGUGUAGGCCGCACAGUGGGUGUAGGUGUGUAUGUCCUGGCUGGUGAGGUGGUCAGAAAUCAAGCAGGACCAUCCUUUGUGAUUUGUGUUUUGGUGGCCCUCCUGUCUUCUCUAUUGGCUGGGAUGUGCUAUGCAGAGAUUAGUGCCCGGGUUCCCCAAUCUGGCUCUGCAUAUCUCUACAGCUAUGUCACUAUAGGUGAACUCUGGGCCUUCGUCACUGGCUGGAACCUCAUCCUCUCCCUUGUUGCUGAGAAAGCCAUUGCGUUCAGCACAUGGGUCUUAAUUUUUGACAACCUGCGUGGAAACCAGGUCUCUCAGACUGUGCAAGAGAGAAUCUCAGGGCACAUUUCCCAUUUCCUUAGAGAAUAUCUAGAAUUCUUUGUUCUUGGUUUUUUGGUGGUGUUCAUGGAGAUCAGGUAUUUAUGGUAUUUCUGGCCAUUUUCAACUUCCACACUUGCUAAAGUGUUCACAUUGGUGAAAAUUCUGGUUCUCAGUUUUGUCAUCAUCUCUGGUUUCGUUAAGGGGGACCUGCACAACUGGAAGCUCACAGAAGAGGACUACGUAAAGGCUGGACUCAAUGACACCUCAAGCUUGGGCCCCCUGGGCUCUGGAGGAUUUGUGCCUUUUGGGUUUGAGGGGAUUCUCCGUGGAGCAGCUACAUGUUUCUAUGCAUUUAUUGGUUUUGAGAGUAUUGUUUCCAGAGUUGAAAAAGCCCAGAAUCCCCAGCGUUCCAUCCCCAUGGGCAUUGUGGUUUCACUGUUCAUCUGCCUUCUGGUAUAUUUUGGUGUCUCUUCAGCACUUACGCUCAUGGUGCCUUACUACCAGAUUCCUUCUGGGAGCACCUUGCCUGAGGUAUUUCUCCAUAUUGGCUGGGUCCCUGCCUACUAUGUGGUAGCUUUUGCAUUGCUGUGCAUUCUUUCCGCCAGCCUUUGGGGCUUUGUGAGGCCGAUGCGUCGGGUGUUAUACAUGAUGGCAAAGGAUGGCCUCCUGUUCCAUGUCCUUACCCGUAUCUCUUACCAACAAUACAUCAUUAUCAUAAUAAUUGUGAUGAUUGGAACAGUUGCAGUCAUUAUAUCAUUCCUUGGCGUCACUGAUCUCUUGGACCUCGUGUCGGUUGUGUCCCUGAUUUCUUACUCCCUAGUUGCGAUUUGUGUUCUCAUCCUCAGGUAUCAGCCUGAGUGGAGGAAUGGGGGAAAUGAAGCAGAGGAGCAGGAGGAGAAUGGACCUGCAGAAGAGAGGCUGACUCUACAGCAACUACUUUUUCCAGGCAGCUCCUCCCCUACUCCACUCUCUGGCCGGGUUGUCUAUGUUUGUUCUUCACUGCUUAUUCUGCUAAUUAUUCCUCUUUGCUUGGUGCUGACCCAGUGGCCAGUUCUGCUUUCUGGAGACCCAGUGCGGAUUUCAGUGAUUGUGCUUCUCCUGGCGCUCAUCACUGGGCUCACUGGGGUCAUCUGGAGACAGCCACAGAGCUCCAGUUCCCUUUACUUUAAGGUCCCUGCUCUGCCUCUCCUCCCACUACUGAGCCUCUUUGUGAAUGUUUGCCUUAUGAUGCAGAUGACAGCUGGCACCUGGAUGGUAUUUGGUGUGUGGAUGCUGACUGGGUUUGUUUUCUACUUUGGCUAUGGGGUCCAUCACAGCUGGGUCACUAACCUAACUUAA